CUUAAUAAAUAAGGUUAAUAAGUGCCUUAAUUGAGGGAAAAACUCGUAUAUGAAUGUAGCUUGACCAAGUGGGAACAUAGGCGGUUAUUAUGCGCAAGAUAAUAUUUAAAGUUCAAUAUAUUGGAUAUAUAUUAAAAGAUUUAAACAUUUCUCACAAUUAGUUCAAAAAUUGUGCAAUUUAGCCGCAAAGAGAUUGGCGUUGGAAAUUCAGGUAAGGAUGAGGGCCGGAGGGAGCUAUACGAAUAAUAAGGCUCCUUUUCUAACGCCUUUUACUCCUACACCUACUUGCUCACAAUCAAAGGCAAAGGACCGAAUCCCAAUCAACUCACCCUCAUGGCCUGCUCUCCGACUUUCUACUUUUCCAGUUUCCGGUCCAAGAUUGUCUAGUGGGAGGAUUGCCCUUGCUGCAGCAGAAGCUAGAGCAGGGGUUUGUUGUGAAAUCAGAUCGGUUAAUGGAGCUUCGGAGAUGGCGUCAGCUUGGGAUAACAAGCCCCUCGAAAUACCUCGCAAUGGGAAAAAGCCCUACUUCUACUUGGACGAAAUGGAUAUCCUCACAUUUCUUGAUCCUCCCAACCACUUGAUUCCUUUGGACCCUACCUCUUAUAAUCCAGCUGCUUAUCUAUGGAAAAAAAUUGGAGACAUACCAGAGGAAAGGCGUCAUCGAUUGCUGCAAUUGCUCAAUCCCAGGCUUAUAUCAAAAGCUUGGGAGAUAGCUGGCGCACGAUACCAUGAUCCUAAAUUUCUGAAGGAAAGUGCUUCAAACUUUCUCUCUAAUAAAGACGGGGAAAUUCCCCCUCAAGUUUAUAGCUGCAGAACCAGUGGAGGUCCAUUACCUAUUGCUUGGAUCAAUUUCUUCAAGAAGACUAUAUUUUGUGACAGUAAUGGAAAGACAUGUGGACGUUUUAUUGGUGCAUCAUUUGUGGCUCAGUUUGCAAAUCGCUUGAGUCCCUUGUAUUUUGAGGUGACUCAGCUUAAGGAAGUAAUGCCAACUGAACAGCCCUGUGAUUUGUCGUAUGAAUUCGGGGAUGGGCUCUUGGAUCUCCAUGAAUAUCCAGCUGGCUUCCCAAAACCAGUGAAACACCCAUAUCCUUUCAGUGAUCAGGUUGUGAUAUACAUUCGUCUUAUCGGACCUGGUGUUUUGGUGGGGCAAGCGUGGCAGGAAGGAAAAAAAUUAGACCAAGUGCCUAAGAAGUUAUGUCGCGAGAUUUUGAUGGUAAAAGAAUAUGCUGCAUCUGGAGAAAAUCACUAGAGAAUCCUUUUUCUUUUCCCCCCUAUUCUUGCUAGAACCGCUUAAUCAUGACGAGCAUGUAGUUUGUUUAGGUUUUAAUGAAUCCAUAGUAGUAGUUUCCUUGGUGAUUAAUGUCAUCAUCCAAACAACCAUUUGGAAAAUAUUAAGCGUAGCCAUCGGUCAUUGUAGUUGUCUUUGCUCUUUCUUUCUUCUUCUUAGACUUCGUUGAGGUCAUUUGUACUUUUAGUGUUUAUAGGACUGCUUCCCUUCAAAUAAAAUUUUAUUGCAUGCCUUUUGUGUACACUCAAUAAUUUA